CUCAAGCUCUCCCACAACAGAACGACACCUUUCUCCAUACUCUUCGUAUCAAAUCAAAACCUAAUCCAAUCCCAACUCUGAAACCCCAUUUCUACAUACCCUCCUGUUUCGCCAACCACAUUAUUGGUCGAGUUCCUAUUCACAAAAGUCGGAGAAUUUAGGGGUUAGAUCAGAGAAUUCAAGGGUUAGGUCGUAAAAGUGGGAAAUUCUGACAUGAUGGUGGAAAUUAGUUUCUGAAAUACUCAGAACUAAAGCCAUGCCGGAGAUCGAUGUCGCAUCCGACGCCGCCUCCGUGGCUUCUGUGGACGAGGCGGGAGGGGCGCUGUUCGGGAAGUACGAGCUGGGGAAGCUCCUCGGCCGCGGCGCAUUCGCCAAAGUCUACCACGCGCGUGACGUCAGCACCGGGCAGAGCGUGGCGAUUAAAGCGGUGAACAAGCAGAAGGUUCUGAAGGGCGGGUUCACGUCGAACGUGAAGCGCGAGAUCUCGAUCAUGCGGCUGCUGCAGCACCCGAAUAUCGUGAAGCUCUACGAGGUGUUGGCCACGAAGACCAAGAUCUAUUUCAUCAUGGAGUUCGCCAAAGGCGGCGAGUUGUUCGGGAAAAUCUCCAAGGGCAGGUUCAGCGAGGAUCUCAGCCGUCGGUACUUCCAGCAAUUAAUAUCCGCCGUCGGAUACUGCCAUUCCCGCGGCGUCUAUCACCGCGAUUUGAAGCCGGAGAAUUUGCUCUUGGACGAGAAUUGGAAUUUGAAGGUAUCGGAUUUCGGGCUCUCCGCCGUGACGGAGCAGAUCCGACCAGACGGGCUUCUCCACACUCUCUGCGGCACUCCGGCUUACGUGGCGCCGGAGAUUCUAGCCAAGAAAGGCUACGACGGCGCCAAGGUGGAUAUAUGGUCGUGCGGGAUCAUCCUCUUUGUUCUCAACGCCGGGUAUCUUCCAUUCAACGACCCCAAUCUCAUGGUAAUGUACCAGAAAAUCUACAAGGGGGAGUUUCGCUUUCCUAGGUGGACUUCGCCGGACCUUAAACGGCUUAUUUCUCGGCUGCUGGACACGAACGUCGAGACGAGGAUCACGGUGGAUGAGAUCAUCAAGGAUCCUUGGUUCAGUGUUGGGUAUAAAGACGUGAAGUUUCACUUGGAGGAUUUCAACUUGAAGGAGUGGAGGGACGAGGACAACGACACGCCGUUGAACGCGUUUGAUUUGAUCUCGUUCUCGUCGGGGUUUGAUAUCUCGGGGAUGUUCCGGAAGCCUGAGAUAUCUGACUGCGGGGAGAGGUUCGUGUCGGCGGAGACGCCGGAGAGGAUCAUUCAGAAGGUGGAGGAGGCGGCAUUGGCUGAGGGGAUGACGGUGAUGGAGAAGAAGAGCUGGGGGGCGAAGUUGGCGGGGCAGAAUGGUAAUUUGGUCGUCUCUAUUGGGAUUUACCGGCUGACGGAGAAGCUGGUGGUGGUGGAGUUGAAUAAGCGGGAAAGAAUAGGGGAGAAUUGCCACCAGCAGAUAUGGAAGGACAAGCUGAGGCCGCAGCUGUCGUGUUUGGUAUACCAACCGGAAGAACAAGUCUCCGGUGAAUGAUAGUGAAGCUCAAUUAUAAUGGGAGCGAUACAUUCCCGGCGAAGUCAACACAUUGCCGGAGAAAUCAUUGACGGGGCUCUUCGUAUUUGAUCAUAGUCCCCGAAUUUGACAAAACGCGAGAAAUGGGAAAGUUUCUCACAAUCUGUACAUAGAUUUUUAUUGUUACAAUCGUCAUUCUCUCAUUCAAACCAUGAAUACAAAUGGUGAUAUGGAGAUAUCUAUCUCCAAUAACUUCCUUAGUUGAUUUGGCGCAUGUAAAAUUUUUUUUUUUUCCAAAACAACCGAUGUUUUGAAGUAUGGUAUGUUUUCCGGUAAAGGCUAUUCGAAAUGGCAUAUCCGACGGAUACCACAGAGAAGAAAAAGACACGCAAUGUGGUAACAUAUGGUGAUCGGAAAAGGGAAUAUCAGUUGUCCCAUGAAGGACAGGGAAGCAGUAACAGGGGAACUUCCAUUCUCGAUGUCAAAGCUUAGUAUUGCUUAGAUGAUUUUGACAUGGUUAUUGACUGCAGUAGACUAGAUUAAAAUACGUGCAGAUUCAAUUGUUAGCGAAAGCAUUAACAUGGCCACACGGGGAGUCUAUAACACAGAA